AUGGAUCACAGCACGGAGAACACGAUGCCGCCGCCCAAGAUUCUGCUGGACAAGUACGAAAAGCUGGGCAAGAUCGGGGAGGGAUCGUACGGGGUGGUGUUCAAGUGCAGGAACAGAGAAACCAAUCAGAUCGUGGCGAUCAAGAAGUUCGUCGAGACUGACGAUGACCCCUCGAUCAAGAAGAUCGCCUUGAGGGAGAUCAGGAUGCUCAAGGUGAGACAUUACGUUACCUUAAAUGUACUGUAAACGGGUGAUCAGCGUUUCGUAAAGUUCAAACAACCAUUUGUCGUUUGUGACAUUCCUAACGUAGAGUGUUUCAUGGUAAACAUUGCUUUAGGCACUCAAGCAUCCAAACCUGGUGAAUCUGAUAGAAGUCUUCAAACGCAACAAGAAACUACACUUGGUAUUCGAGCAUUGUGAACGUACCGUACUGGACGACUUGGAAAAGUACCCAAAAGGGUGA